AGACGACCCGUCGAACCCAUAAACCACCGCAAAGAUGGUUUCCGAACUCUGCCCCGUCUAUGCUCCCUUCUUCGGCGCGAUGGGCUGCACAUCAGCCAUCGUCUUCGCGUGCUUCGGAGCCGCCUACGGAACUGCCAAGGCCGGUGUUGGUGUUUCUGCCAUGGGUGUCCUCCGCCCUGACUUGAUCGUCAAGAACAUUAUUCCUGUCGUCAUGGCGGGUAUUAUUGGUAUCUACGGUCUCGUCGUGUCCGUGUUGAUCUCGAACGGUCUUAAGCAAGAGUCCUCGCUCUUCGCCAACUUCAUCCAGCUCGGUGCUGGUCUUGCUGUCGGUCUGUCCGGUAUGGCUGCUGGUUUCGCCAUCGGCAUUGUCGGUGACGCUGGUGUGCGAGGAACUGCCCAGCAGCCCAGGUUGUUCGUCGGCAUGAUUUUGAUCCUGAUUUUCGCCGAAGUCUUGGGUCUGUACGGUCUCAUUGUCGCCCUUCUCAUGAACGCGAAGGCUGGUGAUGACAAGUGCUACUAAGCAAUACCUCGUCUCCAACGGUUGCAGCCCACGACAAGACUCCUGCAUCAGACAAACAUUCGUCUCGAGCUAGGCUGAACACGUAUAACUGGCAUGAUAUCUCGUACUUGCAUGGCGCUCAUGAACAUUAUGCGCGACAUGUUCUUGUGUAUAUCCUUACUAUGUCCUGUAUGACAAAUAUCAAGAGGGUUGAAGGUGUGAGUUGGUAGUGAGGUGGUGGUAAAUAAUGGAUAUGGGAAGCGGC